AUUUCUCAAUAAAGCAGGCCCUACUUUCACUUUCGAUUUUACACAGUUGCGUACAACGCAGAUCUAACAUGUCCACACAAAUAUUCAUAUCUAGAUCUAUACAUACCUGAUUAAUAAAAGACUUGAAUUUUCACGUUUCCCACAUAAAAUUGUGUAUAGUGAACAGAGCUUUGCCAUACAAGUCCGGAUGUUUUGAUCUUAAGGUACAAUGGACGCCACUACCACGCCAUCAACUGCAGCAACAGCAUCACACACAGAUGUGAAGGAAAUUGCUAAGCUUAAAGAAGAAAAUGAUCGAUCCAAACGAGUAAUACAGCUCCAAGGUGAUGAAAUUAAAAAAGUCAAAAACGAAAACUCUCAACUUCAACAAUUUCUCAGUGACACUGAAGCAAAGAAUAGAGAGCUUGCGUUAAAUGCAAGAAAUAUUGUUACUGCCCUGAAAGCUUUACAACUCAAAUACAAGGCGGAGCUGGCGUUAAAAGAUGAAAUUCAAAAAGCUAUGAGACUUCAAGAAGAAAAGAAUUUUCAGCUGUCCAUUGAAAUAGAUUACUAUAAAAAUGGUCUUAUAAAACAAGAAGAGGCUAUCUUGAAUUUAAAAAGAGAAAUAGAUAAUUAUAUGACAAGUUCUAUAAGUCAAGAAAAUGCUAUCAAGACUAUGAAAAGACAACUAGAUCACUAUGAUGAAUGUUUAAAUGAGCAAGACAUUAUCAUUAUGAGUUUGAAAAGUGAAAUAGAUAAUUCUGUUCUCCUUGUGAAAACCAAAGAUGCAAACAUUCUUGAACUUAAAAAUGAAAACGAUCAUUACGAAAACGUCCUACAAAGUAAAGAAAAUGUUAUUGAGCAGUUGAAUACCACUUGCGCCGAGUUUCUGGAAGAGAAUAGUAGUUUAAAUGAGAAAGUAACACAGGAAAAAGAAUGUCCAUGCAAGACACUAGGAGGUGAAGAUGGUGAAAGCAUUAAAACCUGCCCACAUUUAAAAGGUGAGCAUGAAAAUCAAGUAUCAGACAGCCAAGAUCUUAGCAAAUAUUUGGACAACUGUGUCAAGAAUCCUGGCCAUACACAUUUUAUACCUAUCAAAAAACUAACACUGAAACAUCUACCAGAAGGCCAUCGUGAUGAGGAACUGUGUGGGUUUAUUAGAGCGGCAUCAGAUCUCACAGUCUGUGUUAAUGUCACCAUGACUAGUCUACAGAGACCCGAGUUCUGGCCUGACACCGAAGUUCCAUACUUCCUGUACACGAUGAGGGCAAGUCCACACUUGAGGACAGGAAGUGGCUGGAUUAAGGAGGUAUUCGAGCACAGGGACACCACCUGCCCGUGUGAUCAAUGCAGACAGUCUGGUCAACCCAACAAGAUUUGGUGGGACAUUCACGUGGAAACGGCCACCAAUCUAAUUUUUGACGAAACCGAGGCGAGCAAAAGUUCCAUACGAUUGUUUUAUGACAGAGAGUACAGUCCCUUGAGUGUUCUCAGCAACUCUAUUAGAGUCUACAACGCUGAUUUUGAGACAGAUUGGUGCACCUUGUCUUGCACUACUUGUGACAGAGGUGUCAGCAGCAAGCUGAAGAAAAUGAGGGAAACCUACGUUUCUGAUAGAAAUAGAAUUCGUAACAGAUACACUGAGACGAGAGAUGUGGACAAGCUUAUGUUCAUAGUGUCCCACCCUCACGGUGGCUCCAAACAGGUCUGUGUCGGGCGCUGGACGAAGAAAUACAAGAGGGGUGAUCUCAAUAUGUUUACAUACACCACAAGUACAUGUCCAGGGAGCAGUGGCGCCCCAGUAUUUUGUUUAGGAUUCGGUAGGAUGCUUCACUGCGGCACUUUGGUGUCUGGCCUUGGUUAUAGCAGUUUUUAGACUUAAAUCUCAUUUCAAUAAACUCCAAGGCUGUGAAGUCCGAUCUUUGCUUUGAAAAUCGAUUUCACUAAGGGUACGGGCAGGUUGGGUGUUUUGCAGUAUUAUCAUUUCUUUGAUCUAAGUUUUUUUUUGGCUGAUCUGAUUAUUACUUUUUUUUUUUGCAGAGAGCUAUUAGAUUGUCUUUCCCUAGCGCUAAUAACACCACACUACAAAAACUUUGUUAACGAAAUGUCCUGGACUAGUGCAGGGAUGUACCAUUAAGCAAGCCAUACCAUUAAAACCUUUUAGAAUAUGUAAUUAUAGCAAUUAUAAGAUUCCAAAGAUUAAACAAUGUUUGAUAAUUAUUAAUUAUACCAUGGAUUCAACCCAGAUUAAUAUAUUGCUAAUUAGUAGCUACAUAGGCAAACAGUUCUGUACUGGGUUUGCAUAGUCAUGGGCUGCACCCUAUCUUAAUCUUCAGAAUUGAGGAUAUUGUCAUAAUUAUUAUUAAAUUUACAGAAAGACUAUUGUGAUCCAUGCGGUCAGGCUGUAUUACUGCUAUUUAUACUAGUUAUGGAAAGUGUUUGUCCAGUAUUUUUUUGUGAAUAUAGACAUAUAAAAAUACAAAAUUUUGAUACUUGAUAUUGCAUAAAGAGAUUAAUGAGUUUUAUGUGUUAAAAAAUAAAUGUUUAUUAUUUAGUUUUUUUUUCUUUUUUUUUUUUUUGAUAAGUAUUGCAUUAAAUAUGAUAAUUAUUUUAAAAAAAAUUAACAAACCAUUUUUUUUACGAAGUAUUAAACUCAUUAAAAAUAUAUAUAAAAUGGUAGGCCUAAACCAGUCGAAGAAGUCUUUUUUAAUCUCCUUUGAAUUAAUUGUUUUGUUUUAUUGCACUUGUACAUUUUAAUUAUCCCUUAACCCUAUAAUUGAAAGCGUUUUACUAAAUGUAAACCUUUAUUCUAUAAGAUCUGGGUUUCAUCAAAGUUUUUUUGGUAUCAUGUAGGCCUUAUAUGUUAAAUGCUGUUAUUUUGUAUUUUUUGUAUAGGGGGACUAACCCAGACUGUAAAUAUAAGUCUUUUAUUUUAAUUGAUUGACUCCCUUCUAUUUUAAUCAGUUGUAUCUUCUAAACAUAAUUUUGUGUGUUUUUUUUAAGCUAAAUACACCUCCUGUAUAAUGGUUUGAUGGUGAUUUUCUUCAAUUGUUAGCAUUAAUAAAAGAACAAGUUUGCCAACCAAAAUCCUCGUUGCCAACUCUAAAUUGUGUACUCUUUUAUUUCCUUUCUUUUUUUCCCUCCACAUUUACGUUAUCUCCACCAUAACUAUGUGAAUUAGAUCUAUGGCUCUGGCUCAUUUAAAACAUUUGGACCAUGUUGCAGAUUUGAUGCGGAGACCAUGGCGAACUGUGAACCUGUAAAAGUUACUGACCUCUCAACAUGGCUA